AUGGCUGUGUGCGGUCUUUCCAUCAUCUGUUCAGGUCUUUCCCUGAUGACUAUGUCCUUGGAUAGAUUCUGCGCCAUUGUGUUUCCACUUCGUCAUAUGUUACGGCAUAAGACAAACACGCGACGUGUGCGGUUUAUGAUUGGCGCCAUCUGGACAAUCUCCAUACUGGCGUCCUUCGUUCCAACGUUCAUGAUAGGAAGCAGAUCGACAUUUGAGACAAAGGUUUGCUCUCAGAGUACGAGGAUUUCCAGAGAAGUCUCCAUCGCAGUGGUUGUGUUUUUAACCAUUCAGCUCGUGUUUAACAGUGUUCUAUUUACAUUUGUGCUAUGGAAGAUAAGGUCCACUCAGAAACAAAAAGCGAAGGAUUUGAGUAUCAAUGGGAAAACUAAUGACUACCUGAGGAAGUACGGCUACCUAGAGUCCUCAGACGGGCGAUCGGGCAGCCUUAUCUCCGAGGACUACUUCCGGCAGGCGGUAUCAAAGUUCCAGAAGCUGGCUGUACUUCCUGUUACUGGUGAGCUUGACGCCGAAACUCGGCGGACGAUGCAACUGCCUCGGUGUGGGGUCAAGGACGCUCAAGGCACCGGAAACAGGGCUAGACGGAAACGUUACGCCCUGCAUGGCAGCAAGUGGCGGAAGCGUGAGAUCGCGUACCGGAUAUCGCAGUACUCCCGCAAAGUGCCCGUGGACGCUGUACAGGUGGAGCUGCAGAGGGCGUUCGAUUUAUGGUCAGAGGUAAUUCCUAUCAAAUUUAUCAGGAAGGACUACGGGCCGGUUGACAUCGAGAUCAAGUUUGUAAAUGGUCACCAUGGCGACAACACGCCGUUUGACGGAAGUGGCCAAACGCUCGCGCAUGCAUACUUUCCGCAAUACGGAAGUGACGCUCAUUUUGACGACGACGAAAAAUGGACUAUUAACAUUGCUGAUGGCGUCAACCUUUACCAGGUAGCGGCGCACGAGUUCGGCCACUCGCUGGGACUAGCGCACUCGGAUGUCCGGAGCGCCCUAAUGGCGCCUUUUUACCGCGGCUAUGACCUCCACUUCCGCCUCGACCAGGAUGACAUUAUGGCUAUACAGGAACUGUAUGGUACCAAAGAAAGUAUUCAUACCACUACUACACGUGCCCCAGUGUUUUGGACCACAAAAGCAGCUGACGUCACUAUUCUCGAUAUAUGCAGGAACGCGACAAUUGACGCGAUAACAAGAACUGAUGACGGCAUCACAUAUGUGUUCAAAGGAGAGUAUUAUUACCGGUUGAGUAACCAGGGGAUCGACACGGGGUAUCCACGAAAGAUUGAGUGGGAUUGGGGCGCCAUACAGGGACCAAUAGACUCCGCCCUCACCUGGCCUAAUGGAUGGACAUUCAUUUUUAAAGGAUCGUACUACUGGAAAUUCCACAACCUGAGCCUCAAGUACGGCCCCAAGAACAUCUCGGAGGGCUUCGACGGUAUCCCCGCCCAUAUCGACACUGCCUUUGUUUGGAGCGGCAACGGGAAGACAUAUUUCGUCAAGGGCAAUAAAUACUGGCGUUACUAUGGCAACAAAAUAGAUUACGGCUACCCGAGGGACCUGCAAAUUUGGCGCGGUUUGCCGAGUAAUAUAGACGCAGCUUUCCAGUGGAAGAAAGGCCGGACGUAUUUUUUCUCCGGGGACAAAUAUUACCGAUAUAACGAUCAAAUAUUCAAUGUGGAUGCGGGCGGGUAUCCCAGAGAUAUUUCCACCUGGUGGCUUGGUUGCCCGGACAAAUCUCAAAUAGUAGCCUACGAUCGUCAAAAAUCUAUGCAAGCUAAUAACAGAAGACAUGGUCUCACAUAUAACAGUGAAAGUGCUGAUUCAGAAGAGCAGUGGAUAACUGUAGACUCGGGAGUAACAUUACACAGUGGGGCCAGGGGCGACGGUGAUAUUCAAGUCGACCAGGACGUUCAUAGUGGUGCAAACAACCAUUUUGUGUGCGAGAACGUUGUAGUAUUUGUUAAUGUAUAUUUAGUUUUUCGUUUGUGUAUAUCUUAGAGUGAUAGUUUAUUCAUUUUCACGUGUGUAUUUAUGCAUUCUUGUGACUACUUUGGUCACCCAUAGUAAACGAGGGGGCGUAAUCAAUUAACAUCCUAGACGGAUGUUAAUCUAAGAAAAUACUGAAGGCGUUAUUUCACUAAUGUAAGGCCCCAAUUUCUCGAAACUUCUUAAGCUUUAUAGGCUUAAGUCGCUUAUUUCAAUUAGCCAAAAUGCAUACUGAAAAUGGAUUUUGAUAAAUGAAAAAUGGUUUAUUCUGAAAAUCAUACAGAUAAUUCCUACACAAUUUCUAAAAAAUAUUGAAGAAGUAAAUAUAACACAUUUUAUAGAACAACAAAAAUAGUGAGAAAAGCUUAAUCCUGUUAUAAGGGGCUUAAGAAGUUUCGAGAAAUCGGGGCCAAUAAUGAUAUCAAUUGAUCAAUACUCGUAAUGGGCUCCCUACGGUGGGUCUAUGAAUAAGGGUAAGCAAUUAAAAGUUAAUCGAGUUAUUUAGUGGUUGCAGUGUGUUCAAAAUCCAUAUUCAAGUUACAUUGCGGUGAUGACUGUAUUGCUAAGGCUUUAAGUUGGAGAAUGUAAACAAGUGGUUCCCAUAGCGACUAUAACACUAUUUUUAUUCAAUCAGAAUAGUAAAUGGUUAUAUCGGGGAGCAGUAACUUUACAUUCUUCUAGUUUUAAAGCACGAGCGGCACUUACAUCCAACCAAUACAGAUUAGGAUACAACCUACAUGUUUAGCCAAAUAAAUUGCUGAUAGGCAGUCAUUGAGUAGUAGACGUAAUCAUUAAGAAUUUCAACUUCCGCGCGUGUUUAAAGAUCAGCCUACUGCCACUCAUCAGAUACACGCUCUCUGUGUCAGAUUUUGCGUUGACAAUGUGUCAGCCAAUGAGGUUGUAUUCUAAGUCAGGUAGAUCACAUAAAGUGCAUUCUUAAUGAUUAAGAAGGAUUCGUUUGCUACGCUCACUCUGCCCAUUCUUAAUCAUUAAGAAUUCACUUCAUGUCAUCUACCUAAUACUUAAAAUAACUUGGAAUAAAUUUGAGAUCUAGCUUGACUUUCAUUUCAUGUUGAUAUCGUAUUUAAAGUUACGAAACCAAGGUGGAUAUCAGAAUGUUAGAUCUACAAUCGUUGGAGGAGAAAUACAUUUCAUAAUGCGUUCAUGUAUCUUAAAUGAGAACCAUUUAAUCAAAUCAUAUUCUUUGUUGCGUGAGAGAUGGACCCCAAAUGUAAUAUUUAAGAUGCAAUGUUGGUAGAUGCCAUAAAAGCAUGUUUUUAUACCAUAACGGAUAUAAGUAUAUCAAUUUUAAUGCCGUUUGUGUAAAAACAUAGUGAGAAUUUUUGUGAGCGCAAAUAUCUAGUUGUUUUUUUCGCUGUCCAUUUUCUGGCAAAUGCCGAGAAGUUGCGAUUGCCACUAUGUAUGUAAAUGUAUGUACACAUGACGUGUCAGAAUAAUACCAUUACCAAAGGUUGACCAAUGUUAUGUGUUCGUCAAUGUAUCGUCUAAACGCACGCUAUAGAGUAUAGUAUUCUGAUGAGUUUACAUAAUAAAGUUACAGUGGAACCCCAUUGGCUCGAAUUCGCUUGGCUCGAAUUCCUCGUUGGCUCGAAAUGGAUAUAAAGGACCAAUCUCUAUAUACUGAAGGUAACCAUUUCCGCUUGGCUCGAAUUUUUCGAGGCUCGAGGUAUUUUCGCCGGUCCUUGGGAGUUCGAGCCAACGAGGUUUAACUGUAUACGUCAUGAAUUUCCUGGGAAACGGGGAUUCUAAUAGGUGUGUCUUCGUCUAUAUAGAAGGGACAUUGCACUUCAUAAAAGAAAUUCAUUUAUACAUGUACGUAUAUAUGCCGACACAAUUUUACUCGUAUCUGUAUUGGAAAUGACCUUGGGUAUUUUUCUCAUAAGUACAUGGUAUUUAAUCUCUGAUAGAGCAUCUUUUAGCUUAUGUUAAGCUGACAUGACUGAAAAAGAUUGGCAUAUAAUUUUAGCGUUAUAAAGACUAUGACUGUAUAUGAAACACUGUACAAUAUUUUUAUGUAAUUCUUAAUUUCCAGUAUACGUUCAAAUCAAUGCAGAAUCAUAUUACGAUUAAUGUAUUAAUCGUGAUGGGAAUUAUGACAUGAUUCCAACGCACCUGCGUACUGUUCAUUGUAUCUGUUCCUACAUGAUCGACAUUAUUCAAUGUGUGAUGUAUUUCACAGGUGACAAUGUAAGGUACAAACUAUAUCUCAUAUAACAAUGCAAUACUCAUAACGUGUGUUCUUUUAAGAAUAAAGUAUAACAUACCUACAUUGUUCUUAUGUGUUAAUGUCUGCAUUUCCCCCAACUGAACCAUUUUUUUCAAUAGACAUUUGAAUUUUCUUAUGAGCAAUGAUUUAGAAUGCAAACAUUGCAAUUUAAUAAGUACAACAUG